AUGCGAUCUAACGUCUUGCUGUUGGCCAUUGGCCUUCUUGUCGCAGACUCUGUGCUUGCUGGUCCUUGCAAGCCCAGGUCCUCCACUUCGGAGACCAUAAUCUCAAACUCAAUCGCCUCGACAACACAACCCACUACAACCGCCGAAGAAUCAUCCACCGUUUCAUUAUCUGAAACAUCUGUCGAGACUGGCACUACUAUCACAACCGCGCCAGACACCACUACAACAUCCCAAGUUGAGACAACCACCGCGGCCGAAGUUACCACCACAACAGCUGAGGCUGAGACAACAACGGCUGCGGAAUCUACCACUACGACAGCCGAGGCCGAGAGCACGACCACCACCGCCGUCGCCACCCCAACAUUCACCAUUGUCGGCGGCGCUGGUGCUGUACAAGGCGCGCCCCUCCAAGGCGUCGACCAAGAUGGUAGCAUCCUGCUAUUCAAUCCUCAGACCGGAAACAGCCGUACCAGGACAAUCAUCCUCGACCCCAACACAGGCCGACUGCGGGAUAAAGAUACAGGAGUCCAGAUAUGCGCAUACUACGGCUCCGCUGAAACAACCUCUGACCCUGCCAACUUUGCAUUCUGCCAGAAUGGUAACACCGGGCCUAACUUGGCCUACGAUUACUUGACUUGCCAAAUCGUCAGCGGCAGCCUCUCUUGUACUGCACCCAAAGCUGCGUGCCCAACUGAUGACGACGGCUUACCCCUAGGCUGCACCACCGUGGAUGGUCAGGUGAAUGAUCAGUUUUACUACCAGACCCGGACGGGCGCUGGUACCUACUUGUAUAUAUCCAGUGGUAGCCCGGGUGGCUACACCCCUGUCAGCAUCAUUGCUCAAGAAUCAUGA